ACGAGCCUCAACCCCCAUCAAUAUCAUGAGCUGAUUUGAUCAAUUUUUCUUCUGUGCUGUACAAUAGGCAGUAGGAUAGUAGGGGUUUCGAGCCGUUGAGAAUUUAUUUGAGCGUUUCUUCCCCUCGAAACACAAUGCGUAAAUUGUAGAUCUUGAAUGUCAGUCGCCCAAAUCGUUCGUAGUCAUUUAAUUUUGGUAGCACAAAAUGAUUUUUUCGUUGUUUCUGGUGAGCUCGAGUCUUUUGCCAGCAAUUUUGGCGAAGGCGCUUCCCUGGACACCAGCAGUUCAAACAUCUACUGCUGAUAAUCGAGCACCGGUGCAAGGAGGGUGGAGUCCGAGUCCAACAGCAGCUCCGAACAAUGCUCUGAAGGUGUUGGAUCUAUUGAAACGUCAAACAACUGCGAAUAAUACCUGCGGAUACUACAAUGGCAUUCAAUCGGAACCUUAUACUUGUUCUGGAGCAGGCUACUGUGCCCAUAAUUCGUAUUCUGCUGUCGGAUGCUGUACUGGAGAUAUUAAUUCCUGCGAUAUAUUCACCGCUUGCAUUGACUACUCCUCGUCCUCGGCGCUUUGUGCUCUAGCAGGCGGGUUAACAGGAUGCUGCAACGAUUCCGAUUUCCCUUAUUGCGCAACUUUCCUCUGGAACAACCCUCAAAGAAGCAUGUAUCGCUGCGUAACGUCUCCGGCAUUUUAUCUCAUGUCCGAUUACCCAAUCACUGGUACUGCUUCAACGACUGUCGUGUCUUCUGUCACUUUAUCUCGAAGUGUCGCCUCAGUAGCGAGCAGCAUUCAAAGUGGAGAUGAUGCUCAGGAUAUAAGCAGCGCUUCUCGAAGUUCAGUGACCUCAGCAAGUGCACGUAGUUCAGUAACCUCCGCAGGUUCACGUAGCUCAGCAUCUUCAUCGUCACUGGCAACUCCGUUUGCAACUACAACAGCUCACAAGAAAUCUGGAGUUCCACUAGGAGCUAUUAUCGGUGGAGCUGUUGGCGGCGUGGCAGUAAUUGCGCUCUUAAUUUUUGCCAUCGUUUUCUUUGUCAGAAAGAAGAAAUCAAAUCCCUCACAACCACAGCCUCCACCUCAAGUCUCAACAACCCAUCCUAAUAACCCAUAUCAAGGAGUACCGCCAAAUUCACCUCCCCCAUUCUACGAUAAUCGUACCAGUAUUGCAAAACCGGCUUAUCCUAUGCAACAUACAACUGAAUUGGCGAAUACUGUGUAUAUUCCUCCUGCUAUACCCGAGUAUUAUCAGCCACCGAAAGAUGAUGUCCCUAUUUCACCCAACAGCAAUACACAUAGAUUUUCAAAUAGUCAAAUAUAUAGCGAUCCAGGCCAUCAAUACUCCGAGUUGGACGCAACUGCUCUGGAUCCUUUAAAUGGAAACAGAGUGGAAUUAGGUAGUGAGCCGAGGAGACCAAGUCAUGGAACAGAAAUCAGUCCCACAAGAUGAUGAGAAUGUUCAAAUUAUGAUGAUGGUUUCGAUCAAGAUUGUUCGUGAGAAGAUUUUGGCCAUUCAUCAGAUUCAUGAGAUUUUCAUGAGGGACAUUUCAUAUGGCGUGUGAGAGGUAUCUCUUGCGAGGUGAGAUGGAAAUGGUGUAAAUGAUAAGAUUUUCCGAUUUGCUCAUACAGUUUUGUGGAAGAUAUCCAAUAUAGUUUAUAGAAAUUAAUAUUCAACUUGAGCCUUUUGCUAGUAUAUACUACCUAGUAGGUAUACUUUGGCGGUUCGUCAAGAUGGAGUGGUUUAUUUGUGAAAACUUGCCUUGCAAUUGGACGGGGCUCCAGUCGUAGUAUACAAGAAUUGAUUCGAUCCAUCUCAUGAUUUGGACGACAAAAUUCAUAUUGAUUUGAAGUUGUAACAACUGCCAGGUGUUGAUUUGGCAUCU